AUGAGCCCUCAAAACAUGAACAAAAAGUCAUGGGAAUCUCUCUCUUCAACGUUUUCUCAACUUGAAGUAUCGAUCUCUCAUGACAGUUGCUAUGCCUCGGACGAAGUCUCUGUCGUGUCGACCAAGCAAACCACCUCGAACACCUCUGGUGUAUCAGGCCCGGUGACUGCAACCGAACCGUCUCUUGGUUCCUUCUUGAAGCCCAUCUUGAAAAGACCGUAUUCCGAAAUCGAAGAAGAUGAGGAAUCAGAGUCGGGCUAUGCAUCGGAAAACUCGGAAUACGAAUAUGAUGCGAUAUUCGAAGACAGUGAUGACGAUGAUGAUGAUAUGUACCAUGUCUCCGGGUGGCACGACGCAUCUGAUAUAAUGUCAGACUCAUGUGACGAAGACGAUGCCGAAUCCCUGGAUGGAUCUUUCAUCUCUUUUGGACCCAUGGUUCGAUUUGACACGAACAUACGCUAUAUCGAUGCUCCAGAUUCGCUGGACGACGAUGAAGACUCUGAAGCAGAGCUGACUGGCCACGAGCUAAUGGAACGUGCACUGGCAUCUGGCACGCUCCGGUUCCAGGAGUCAGUUGACGAACUGGACGUCAACGACAUCGAAGAUGAUGAACUCAGCAGUACGCUCGAGUCGAUUAAACAGCUGCCUGAAGAGCACCCCAGCGACGUCGUCGAUCUCGACAAGAGGCUGUUCCUUGCCUACAUGAAUGGCAUCAACGGGAUUCCUGAUCUCGAAUACAAAACCCGCCUUCGCAAACAGGCCAAUGACUUCUACAUCGGACGUCUGGACUCGCCGUACUUGGACCUGGAUAGUGCCAGCGGCACCUAUUUUGACAACGUGCUGAAUCACGUCAUUGGGCUUUUCCGCAACAUAGUUGCCAAGGAGGACUUUGGAGAACUUGCCAACCUCGUUAACGAAGAAGGCGCCUCUGACCGUCCCUCGAGAGCCGGUAGAAGUCAUAACAAGGACUUGCUGGCCAAGAUUGAGAAUCUACUUUCCGAAAGACUAGCGUGUGACACCAACGUAGGGCCAGAUGAGCUAAGCUUCUUCACCAGCGGUGUUGCGUAUGCACUGGAAAACUGGAAUGGCUUUUUGGUCCACUAG